AUGAAUUCGAGUGAAGCUGAUGAUGUUGUUGACCAUAACAAGUUUCUAUUGUUUAGAAAUCUUUUAAGAAAUUAUGUUGUUAGGAAUUUGAUUUAUACUCAUUGUAAAUAUAUUCUAUCGAUUGAAAAAUUAUUUGAUGAUGGUAUAAUUUGUGAAUACCCAUUGAUUGGUGAUUACACAUUCGAAUCGAUGUCGAUCAAAGCAGAGAUAGUAAAGUCGAUCAAACAACAGUAUUUAUGGGCAACUACGAAAUCGAUUCAUCGUAGGGCGAUACCACCGCUUCUCAAUGGUGUCGAUAUUCAUGUAAAAUACUCGACCUAUUCAAACGUUUCUGUAUCUACCUAUGCUAUUUCAUUGUUGAAUAUGAUCGAUCUAAAGCUAGAAGGUUGUUGUCAAGCAUUGGUGAUAGCACCGACCAGAGAAGUAUCAAACUAUGUCCAUGAUGUAUUUAAUCGCAUAGGUGAAGGUAUGAAAGAUGUUAAAAUUAAAAAGAUAAACGGUGGAACCAAUGCAAGAUCGGACGUUUUCGAGAUAAGAAAGAAGAAUGUUCAUAUUAUUAUAUGUACUCCUGGUAGAGUUUCAUUCUAUAUAGAAUCUGGAGAUAUCGAUCUGAGCACAGUGAAAUAUGUAAUAUUGGAAUCGAUUGAUGAUAUUCUAAAUAUGGGUUUCUCUUACACGAUGGAUAUGAUCUUUAAGGCACUACCUCUUGAAGCUGUAAGAGUGUCGAUGUAUUCACAUAUCGAGAGAGACAGUGAAUCCACCUAUAACCAUAGUUCUACCAAGUAA